AUGCCUCCUUUGGAUACUCAUAUCUUUAGAAAAAUCCACAACUACUCUAUUGGUAAUGUUGAGAAUCGAGAAAUCGAUAGUCAUGGAAAGCUGCCUCUGUUAUACGAAGAUGGUUCGGGAAACAAGUAUAAUAAAGCGACCUAUGGGUUUUCGUUUUCAACAGGAAAUCAUCAAGUAGAAUUUGAACCGUUAAAAAGUUUCCAUAGUUUGGAUGCCUUGUUUCUCGACACCACACCGCCGUUUCAUUCAUAUGAACAUAAGAUGCGGGAGCUUGCAGAUAUCGAAUCUCAAUAUUCCGAGCUUAUUAAACCACACACACAAAGUCAUGAAAAAGCAGUUCAACAUGAUCCAAGUGGCCCAAAGUUAUCAACUGAUGCGAUUAUUCGGUUAGGUGGAGAACGAUUCAUACAAUCUUGUUCAUCCACUUCGAUGAAGGAUAUUUCGAUAUCGAACCACCCUUACGGUGGUUCAUUCUCGGGCCUUUCUGAUGAAGAGGUCAAAGAUGUUCAACUCAUUGAAAAUCUUUUACUUUCUUCAGAGAAAGUCACUAAACAACAGUAUGAACGAUCAAUUAAGCUUCUUGAUUGGUGUGAUGUUCUGUCUUGUAGCAUGGAAAACCCGGUUCAAAGAUUAGUUCACUAUUUUUCAAAAGCUUUACGAGAGAAGAUUGAUAAGGAAAACGGGGGGGAUACAUCUGGUGGUUCGAAAAAGAAAGAUGAAGCAAAUCUUGCAGAGAGAGUGAUGACCCCAAGUGCAACUGCUACCAUGCUUUAUGAAAAAACACCUCUUUACCAAGCGGGUCAUUUUGCUGGGGUGCAGGCUUUGGUGGACGGUUUAUCCGGGUUGAAAAAUGUUCAUGUAAUCGAUCUCUCUAUAAAACAAGGCACACAGUGUACGAUUCUAAUGCAAGCUCUCGUAUCUCAACCCAAUUGUCCUAUCGAGCAUCUUAAAAUAACUGCUGUCGGGACUAAUUCCAAACAGAAAAUUGAGCAAACAGGUGUCUGGUUGAAGAGUUUUGCUGAAUCUAUAAACUUAUCUUUCUCUUUUAACUUGGUUAUAGUUGAAGAUAUGCUAGAUUUCAAAAAAGGUCUUCUUGAAUUGGAUCCAGAUGAAGCUUUGGGUGUUUACACAUCCUGUGGUUUAUGGGGCAUGAUAGCGCAACAGGACCGUUUAGAAUCUUUAAUGAAAGUUAUAAGAAGUAUAAAGCCUCUUGUUAUGGUGGUGUGUGAAGUUGCAGCGAAUCUUAACUCACUAAACUUUGUGAACCGUUUUAUUGAAGGUUUGUUUUUCUUUGGGGCGUUGUUUGAUUUUUUAGAAGAGUGCUUGGGUUGUGAAGAUGAAAUCCGCACAUUUACUGAGUCGAUGCAUUUUGGUAAGGGAAUAAGUAACAUUGUGGCAUCGGAAGGCGCGGAGAGAGUUAUGAGGCAUGUAAAUAUUAAUGUUUGGAGAAAGUUUUUUGCGCGGUUUGGGAUGAAGGAGACUGAGCUUAGUAUGUCUUCUUUAUAUCAAGCAAAAUUGGUGGUGGAAAAGUUUCCGUGUGGAAGUGGUUGCACAUUUGAUAGGGACGGUGAUUCGCUCGUCAUCGGCUGGAAAGGAACACCGAUCCAGAGUCUUUCUUCAUGGAAAUUCUCAUGA